AUGGCGCCGGUGUCCGAUAGCAACUAUUUCCCCUCCGUGGGACAGUGCCUCUCCGGCGACAAGGUGCUUCUAUCGUGGAAGCUCGUCGCUACGGCCCUCUCAGAUGCAACUGGAGAACGACAAAAGAGCUCUGCGAUUGUUCGGUUCUUCGACGACGACUAUGUCCGCGGACUGCUGAGCGAACCGGCGACCGCGUUUGCGCCGCCGGACGAGGCUACCAACAAGAGCUUCGAGACCAGGACGGCCCCGAUCAACGUCACCUCCGCGUCGACAGACCGAUACGAUAUAGACCAGUUCAAAGAGGAUGCAAAGUGGCUCAGCAAAAAUGCAAAGGUCAACCUGGUCGCUGCCCUGCGGGUCGUCCUCGUCGAGUACCAGUCCCGCUCUUCAAGGCAUCUUCUCGGCCCUCUAUCGUCCCACGAUGCCGCCAACCUGCAGGAAGCCGCGGGCCUGCAGAAUGGCCAGGGGCUGGCGUUCUUGUCAGACUUGGGAGCCGCAGCGGCUUUGGACGCCGACGAGAUAUCCGCCGAGUUCGACAAGGCCGACACCAGAAGACGCCGUUUAUUCGAUACCUUCUUGACCGAGCGCCGCUUCUUCAUCAUGGUCGCGGAUUAUGCCACGUCCAUCAAGCUGUAUCAGCGGCUUCCCAUCUUCGCUCCUGGAGACGAUAGCCCACGCGAUGAGAUGGAGGCAAUGCUGCCGGCCUAUCUGGACGUCGUCUCUAGCUGCAUGAGCGGAAUCGAGGCCGGCAUGAAGGCAUUUACGGAUGAAGAAGUGCUGCUCAACGACGGAGUGGAGUUGGAAUGGAUACGCAGUCUUCUGACUGAGGUUGUUCACAGCUUGUCUGUGGUCCUUCAGUUGGUAGACUGUUAUGGCAGCGAUUUCCCUCCGUCCUCAGCCAUCAACCAGUGGUUCUCACUGAUGGAGAUUUAUGGCUUUUUCGAUUCCAUACAGCCUAUCGAUCCAACCACUGCCGAGCUGGUCAUGCCGAUGAAGGUCCUCGCUUCGGCCAUCUCCAUUGGCCUGCUCAAGCCUGCACGAGCACUCGCAUACCUGUCUGAUCGAGACGAGGACCCCGCGCAGGCUGACGAUGUAUAUGAUUCGUAUCUGCUCUCGCCUGAUGUCUUGGAACAGGUUCACAAAAGCAUCUUGGACGCGGCCGGGUCAGACUCGGAGACUGCCUGCCCUGUCAUCUUCACAUGGUCCUUUCUCCUCCACCGACUCAACGUGUCCUACCAGACCAGGACCGAUAAGCGCGACAACCUGAUACAGCAAAGUGCCCGGGAGAAGUUUGAGACGCGGAGCGUGAUGCGCACGCCUACUGGCCGGCGGAACUCGGCUGGAAGCAUCUAUUCCAUUGAGUCUUCCAAGUUCGAUGGCUUUCUCGAGAACGCAUCGACUCCAAGGGAUAUGCAGGUUGUCGAGCAACUUGCGGCGGUCGCCACGGCUCAGGGCAGGGUUUUUGACAUAAUGUCGAAGAUGGCCGAGACCCUAGGCCCGUCUGUGGACGGCAGCCUGUCGCCCCUGAUUAGCUCGCGCCUUCGCGCCGUCUUCCUCGAGCUCCUCAAGGUAUCAUAUCCGUUCGUCGGGUACCAGUCGGACUCCGUGAGCUGUCUGCAUGCCCUUUUGUCUCCUGGUCGAGGCUAUUGGGACCUAUCUGCGUCAGAUAAUAUGCCCGUAGACCAGGACAUUCUCAGCUCCGUGCUACGGGACGACCUGGCCAUGGAUUUCUUUUUCCAGCAAGCCCUUGAUCGAUACCCCUACGAGUUCCUUCCCUUCAUCACGCUCUGCCGUAUACUCUGUACUGCAUCGCAAGAGAGUCCGGAUGAGAGGACGGAUAUGAUCCUCGACCUGCUCCUCAAGACACCGACCAUUACCUUUACACUGCCGAACCUAUUCCAAGGAUAUGAGCUGGUUCAAGAGGACGAAAACACAAACUCUUUCUGCCUCGUGGAGGAAGUUCCUCUAAUUUCUCUCUCAUCCUCAUGGAGUCGGCGGUAUAUUGAGGAUGACGCUUACAGAAUACCUGCGGGCACCUACGGGCGAUUCAUCACAGACACUGGGCGCGUUGUCCUGAUGGACUAUCCUCACUCAACCUUGGCUCUCCUUGGUCGGCGACUCGAGAUUAGCCUCUCACAAGAAGGGUAUCGUUGCGAACUGGGAAUGUUGCAACCAGAAGAGACGGCCGAAGUGAUUUCGUUAUUGGCGUCGCUACUGCGAAUGGAGCAGCUCAAGGUAGCAAGGCAAGGCGGCGGCAGCAGCAGCAGUGCAUUGGUCCGUUUUGACGACGAUCUGCUGUCCGAGGCCAGCGCCCACAUCAGCGGCGGCAAAGAUAUCGUCACCGUUGUGUGCGAAACCAUGGACUACUACAUGCAGGACGAGCUAGCCAUGACCGAAGACAGUGCUGUCAGCGUGCUCACGGCAUGCGUCAAGUUCCUGCACGCUGUUCUCCAGGUUCAACCCAGCCGGGUCUGGUCGUACCUCGCCAGGACAGAGCUUCUCAACUCGGAGUCACGAGCCGGUAAACUCACCAAGAUCAUCGGCAGCCUCGAGCUGGUCUCGGAGCGAUUUGAGUUCCUCGCUUCUUCACUGUCGCUCUUCUCCGCGCUCAUCGACACUGUCAUGUCCUCUGCCGUGCAGCGUCGGGCGGGGAGCAAGCCUGCGAGUCGUCAGCAACCCGAGACGAAUCCCUGGCUUGGCACCGCUGACAAGGUGCUCUCCCAGGUUAGCCUUUCAAUUGCACAGACGUCUGUGGAUGUGUUUGAGAACACGUCCACCUGGAUGUUUGACUCGGAAAGCAGUAGAAUAUCGCUGCUGCAGAGAGUCGUCCCCAUCCUCGACAAGAUUGUGCUUUACACCUACAGCAUGGGCGACUGUCCCAGGUCGGACAACCUCACGUCCUGCCUUCGCCCUGCUGCUUCCCACAUCAUCGACUGCUUCCUGUCGCCAUCGGGCGGAAGCCUGCGGUUUCAACCUCUUCUCCUCUCCUUCAUCUCCGCCCUUACAAAAUCAGACUCAACCCUGUAUCCCAAACGGACGGAAGCUGUUCGAAGCCAGAUAACAUCAGUGCUUGACUUUUCCACAACUCUCCUUCGAGUUGCAAAAUACCUAGAGCGGCCCUCGACCUUGGUCGAGACGUACCUCUUCAAAACCUCCACGUUAUCGGCGCGGCUCUGCGCCGUGUCGGACCAUUUCCGGGGACCAGCAUUGUCGCUGCUGGAGGCACUGGUCGUCAAUGCCGGCCAGUCCACCAGCGAACCCCCCUCCCUCUUGGGAUACCUCGGCCCUCACAUUUCGAAAUCCUUCCUCCACAUUCUCGCCGCCAUUGGCCAGCCCUUUGCCCUGCAGAGCGAAGUCAAGACCACUUGGAGAUUCUUCACGUCCAUCUUGAAGAACCGACAGCAAUGGAUGUCCAAUUGCCUUCUCACAGGCCAAACGCCGCGGGAGGCCAUGAAGGAGGAUACCAAGAAGAACGAAAUGUCCGCGGAUUCUGUCUUUGCAACGGCUCUGUCUAAGCUCAAGAUCUUGAAGGACAUAGAGACGAGAGAGGCCCUUGUCAUUCUGGACUUCGUGACAUCGGCACAAAACUACUGGCCUUGGACGGUGUUCACCCUCCAGAAAGACACGUCUUACAUGGAUGGAUUGCGGGCCUAUGUCCGUGACCUGAAGCCCUCUCACCAAACGGUCAAAACGGACGCGGUGCUUGCUGCUACCCAGGCAAGGAUUGCUGCGUACAUCGCCGAGAUUUUUGCCAUGCAGCUCUAUCACUCGCGGCACCUCGGCAAGGCGGAUACGCUUGCGAAGGGACUGUCUAACGAUCUUGACUACUACCUGCGUGAUGGUGUUGAGGUGUCAAGCUACAACAAGUCUCUCCACAACAACUUUGCAAGGAACUUUUCGAAUAAGUUCUUUGGAUGCUCCCUGGACAACUUCAAGCGGACCGUGGUGGGCCCGAGGGAGCUGGGCGAAAACUAUUACUAUGACCUGGACCGCGCCGAUGAGGUCUUACGCUUCGAUCCUGGAUGGCAGGGAAAGAAGGGGGCUGGUUUCCUCAACGAGAUGAAACUCGCAAAUGCCAACCUGUCCCUGGUCGACGCUCAAAUCGCUCUCUUCCACGCAUGGGAGCUCUUGCUGCUUGAACUGGGCACGUGCUUCCCAGAAACCGAUGCAACUAAAAAGCACAUGAUGCAAGUUGCCCAGCAAUGCUUGAACGCAAACCAGGUGGUCCCGGGACCGGAGAGCAUCUUCCUCAAGAUCGUCGACGCAAGAGCCGACCUGGCCCUUAUUUUGAUUCAGCGCCUGGUCAACUCCACCCUUGCUGUCAAGGAUGUCAACCAGGUACUGGAUACUUUGAUUGGCACCAUCAACAGUGUUGAAGAGCCCUUUGAAGCCGAGUCCAUUGCUUACUACCGCACGCUUCUGAAGGCCCUAGGCUUCCGAUCGUUGGUCAGCUUGAUUCACGACAAGGCGGCAGAUGUCUUCCCCGAGGAUCUUGCUCUCCUCACAGCCAUUAUGCAAGCCUGCCUCAGCGUUCCCAACAUUGAACAGUCCCAGACGCAGAUUCUCAACAUCAUGGCCUCGCAUGAUGCUACACAUGCAGCGACAUCCUUGUACUCGUGGGCUGAUAAGCUCGGGGAUCAUGGUGAUCCUGUGUACGGCGAACUUAGUAUCCUAUUCUUGCUGGAGCUCUCAACCCUACCCUUGUUGGCGGAGCAGCUUGCGUGUGACGGGGUGCUCGGCGCGAUUCUGUCUGCCAACCUCACCAAAUACUUGCUCAGGACCAAUGUCUCGCCGUAUGCCGAUGCGCCCAUUGCACAGCGGUGCUACGGGAUCUGGGUCAAGGGCAUGCUCCCCCUCAUGCUCAACCUGCUCACUUCUCUCGGGGCGACGGUUGCUCCUGAGAUUACCUAUGUCCUCAACCAGUUCCCGCACUUGCUGCAAGCGAGCGUAGAGCGGUUCGAAGCACCAGGAGCCAGCCGAACCAAGGAAAAGUCUGCGCAAUACCUGACGCUCCUUGGCACCUCGGAGAUUCACUCUUUGGCGCUUCUCACGCGCGUGCUUGCGGCUCUUCGAGCGAACAACAGCAGAGAUAUCCCCCCGGUCGAGUGGGAUGAGGCGGGUCUCCUGGAGAACGUAGACUACUGGCUCUCCAGCAGGCGUCUGCUGAAGGAGCGACUUCUUCCUCUGGGGCCGCGGGAGAUGGAAUGGAGGGGGAGAAAACUGACAGGGGACUGCGAUAACGUGCUGGAGGAGAAGGUUGUGGUGCAGCUGGAGACGGUUCGCGACGUGCUCAGCGAGGAAUUCGAGGGCUGA